CCGAGGUCGCGCUUUCUCAUCGUCGGUACAUAGUCAGUCGUCAUCUCACCGGCUCGCUCACUUUCACGGAGCUGUUGUGUCUUGUGUUGUGUGUAGUACUUAGCGAUCCAUUCAUAAGCAGGCAGCCGAUCGAUCUCGAAGCACCACGGAGAGACGGCGAAAGAAAAUAUUGAGGAAAUGGCAGAGGAUCCCGAGAAGAAAUUCCACUCCAUCAUGGACAAGCUCUUUAGUUCCUCCAAGUCCUCCUCUCUUAGUUCGUCCAUGGGAGAAUCGUCGAGAGGGAAGAAGCGGCCGAAUCCCGAGCCUGCAUUAGCUUUAGUGGAACCAAGAGCGAUGGUGGAUAUCCUCGAUGUUUCUCGGCGCUCUUCAGUAGCUCAGAGCAAUGCUCCAUUGUGUAGACCGUGGGACAGAGGUGACUUAAUGAAGAGGGUGGCUACUUUUAAAUCCAUGACUUGGUUCGGCAAGCCAAAGGCUGUAAAUGCUGUGAACUGUGCAAGGAGGGGGUGGAUCAAUGUGGACACAGAUAUCAUAGCAUGCGAAGCAUGUGCUGCACGUCUCCUUUUUUCAACUCCAUCAUCUUGGCCACAGCAGCAAGGCAAGCAAUGCCCUCUGCUGAUGAGUAUAUCUAUUGAACUGCUUGUUCAAGUUGAAAAGGCAGCAUUGGUAUUUAGCUUAAAGCUGGAUAGUGGACACAAGUUACUGUGUCCAUGGGGUGACAACGCAUGUGAUGAAAGAUUGGCAGAAUUUCCUCCCACCCCCUUUCCGGUUCUAGCUGAUAAAUUCAAAGAACGCUCCUCAAAACUUCUGCAGCUCCUGGCACUUCCUGUAGUUUCAUCGUCAGCCAUCGAAUACAUGAGAAGUCCACAGCUGGAAGAAUUUCUUAGCCAGUCUUCAACACUCGACCUCUGCAAUGAAUCUCCCAGUAUGUCCGAAAUAGAGUUCUUGGGAAAUGAGAAAGAAGCUGACAGUGCAAACUUGUAUUAUCAGGCACAAAAGUUAAUUAGUCUGUGUGGUUGGGAACCACGUUUACUACCUUAUGUUGUUGAUUGCAUUGAGAAACCAAAGGGGUCUGAAAUUUUGAAGUCAUCUCUUGCUGAUUCUACAAGAAAUAGUUCAAGCAAUGUCUGCUCAGCUGCUACUGGAGAAAGAGAGGUUAAUGAAGAAGGUGGGAACAAUAUUGUCUCGUCUGUUGAUCCUAAUUCCAUUGUUUUGGAUUGUGGGCUUUGCGGAGCUAGUGUGGGAUUGUGGACCUAUUCUACAGUUCCAAGGCCUUUGGAGUUGUUUAGGGUGGCUGGAGUAGUAGAAGUAAAUGGCAACAGGAGUGGAGGGCAAGAACUAGAAAAUGCAGAUCCUGUUAACAAAGACGGAGUUUUAACUUCGUCCUCAAAUAGUUUUCUGUUUCCCCCCACAAAUAUGAAAUUCACUAUUGCUGGGGGUCCUCCACCAACAAAGCAGAACUUCAAAGCAACAGUAUCACUGCCUGUUAUUGGGAGGAAUUUGAGGGCCAGGCUGUCAUAUGACAAGGAUUUUGGAGACCAUUCAAGUGGAAGCCAGUUGGAUCCUGCAUCUCAGUCUGAAAAAUUAAUUAUGUCGAACAUGGAAAAGGAUCACACUGAAGACAAGGCAGGUGAUAAUCCACCUCAAUCCGAGACACUGGAGUCGUCAAAGAGCAAAGAAAAUGAUCAAAGGCAGGUUAGUGCUUCAAACAGUGAGAAUCCGUCUGUGAUCAGCCCUGGAGGAUGUGAAACUCCUGAAAUAGAUAAUGCUCUGCCGCAGUUGGAAGAAAGCACAAGUGUUGUUCCAAAUACGCAUUCAAACCAAUCUGAAAGUUCGACCAUCCAAAACAGUUUGAUAUCUGCUGAAAAAAGCAACAGUGGCACUGGAGGACCACAGAAUCGAGCUAAUGGAGAUGUUUUGCUCUCGGGUACUGUUAAGGAAUUCAAGGAACUUUCAUCAAACAGAAGUAUGGAUUUUGAUCCAAUCAGACAGCACAGGCACUUUUGUCCAUGGAUUGUGUCGACCAACAGUGGCGCACCAGGCUGGCAGCAAACUCUGACUGCUUUGCAACGCCAGAAUGAUCGGUCUAAUUCGUCACCCAAAACUCCUUCAACCUCUUCGAUUAUCAAGGUGAACGAUCCCAUAACUUCAGUUAGAAGGCUUUUUAGGUCUCCAUCAGCCAAAAGACCAAAGCUCACACCCGGAUCAAGCUGAAGCAUCAUUUCAUUUGUAGCUAAGCAAUUUUACCAGGUGAUGCCAGCUUUCCCACUCACUAGUUUACUAAACCUGGAAGCUCCAACUGGGACAACAUCAUCGUACAGACCAAUGACUACUCGUCCUGCUGGCUUCCCAUCAAUGGAUAUAUCAAGAAAUGCCCGUGAUGUAGGCUCUUGACUACUGCUGCUGCACAAUUGUUCACCACCACUGCCUUCUUUGAUGCUAUCUUCAGCUCUCGCUUUACGUCCCAGCAGAAGCAGCAACGAUGCAUUGCUGAAAACUGCGAGCUCUCUGCGUGAGAACUGUUUUGGGGAUUCUCUGAGAAGGGGUAGUGAUGGAGUGACAGGAGAACUGUGUGUAAUUGGCGGCAGUGGCGUCGGAGCAUGACGAUGAUGAUGAUGAUGAUGAUGAUGAUGGAGGUUAAUGGUGGAUUGGAAGAUUCUGGAGUUGUGUAACAUUUCUAUUUUUUAGUAUUUUUGGCUUCAGGUUUCUGAGUCUUGGGAAUAUGUCUGUGUGACUCUGUGCAAAGGGCAGUGCUAUGGUUCUCUAUAGAUAAGGAAAGGGAAAGAAGCUGAUGGCUUCUUGUAAUUGGUUGUUAUUCUAUCUCAAACGGCCAGCAAAGAGGAUGUCUUUGUGGGCCAAAGGGUAUAAUGGGCCAGGAUAUUGUAAGCCCCCUUCCACUACGCUCAAUCAUAUUAUUGUGUAUUUUCUUUACCGCGGCUGGGCCAAUUUAGCAUAGGAUUGUUUGUAUCUAGGACUGCAGUUCUGCAAAUGAGUCAUCGUGAGCCAAGUUGCUCACGGGUAGUUCAAUAUUCGCUUUGGGGAAAGCUUGUUGUUUGUAACGGUUGCAAUUUUGAAUGGUGUGAAUGAGAAUGAAAGGGGAAGGAGUCAAGAGAAAUUCUUGAAAUACCAUAUUGGUUAUUUAUGUGAAAG